AUGGUUAAACCAUCGGAAGCUGAAAAGAAUCUUGUACAGUCCACUACAACAGCUGCUGGAGUUGCAGGUGGUGUAGCAUAUGCACAAGGGGCUAGAAAAUUAUAUGUUGGCAAUCUUCAUUACAUUAUGAAAGAAGAUCAAUUUCGCCAUGUGUUUGAAUCAUUUGGUGUUGUAGAGCUGGUGCAGUUACCUACUGAUGAGACUGGAAAUUGUAAAGGUUUUGGUUUCAUUCAGUUUGCACGCCUUGAAGAUGCUAGAGUUGCACAUUGUUUAAAUGGACAAUUGGAGAUUGCAGGUCGAAAGAUGAAGAAUGAACACCUUUGCAGAAAACAUGUCAACUGUUUACAAGUAUCUGCCAUUACUGAUCAAUCUGGAAUGCAAGAAAUGGGUGUAAAUCCUGGUGAUUUUGAUGAUGACGAAGGACGUGGCGUGAAAAAUAAACAAAAGAAGAAAACAAAAAAACUAGAUGAAGAUAGAGGCAUCGGCGGUGGUAGAGCUCUAACAAUGGAGGUUAACAUCGAAUGCUUGUCGGAGAAGAAGAGAGAAGAAUCGGCAGCCAUAGGUGAUUUUGUUGUAGAAAAAUAG